AUGCACCCGUCCAACAUCUCCAGCCAGGACACCCCUGAGACUGACAUCUCAAUCACCAACAACGGCAACAACGACAACGACAAGACGUCCACUAAGAGUACCCUCCACGUGAACGACGACAACAUCAACAACAGCCCUGCCGAGUCAGACACGACGACCUUGCCUGAGAUGCCUGCCCUCGAUCCUCUGUCCUCGCCUAUUAACGAAACUACCGCACCUACCUCGCCAAAGGACUCCACUGAUUCUACACCUUCGACACCGACUGCCGAGACGAAUCAGGAUGCAGUGACCACUGUCGAUGGAAAACCGGAUGCUGCACUCACUGAAGCCAUGACCGACGAACCAGUCAACGCCGCAGCGGAACCGAUCGCACCUGUUGCCAGCAAUGGACAGCCUGUGCUGCAGAGGUCAUCAUCAUCGCAACACCAAGGAAUGAUAAUUAUCACAAAGCCCAAGCUGAAAAGACCCCCUCUGCGAGCCAUUGACCUGAGCAGUACCCCGAAAAAGUCCAUUCUCAGGAAAAAGACUGCCUAUCCCUUUAUCGAGCAGCCUGUCAGGAGCCCCGUUUUCAAGUCACAAUGGCUCCAGAGCACCGUCAGCAAGCUUGCCGCCAUGAGUGGACCUACGACACCGACAGCCUACACAGCCAAUGGCCCAUCAAUGUUUCAAAAACUAGUUUCUCAGGCAACAGCAGCAGCAGCAGUAACGCCUCAAGGACAUCCGCCAAUCCCUUCAGGACCUCCUGUAGGACGACCCAGGACAGGACCGCCAGUAUUUGUCAACAAUGAACGACCCAUCUCUUUCCUGGAGUCCAAUGGAAGCGUCACCUCACUACUUUCCGACAAGUCCUUGAAGCGCGUGCGGUUCUCCGUAGGGCAAUUGAGGACCGAGCAUGUGUUUCACAACGACGACGCCUACGAGUCAGAGGAAGAGUCAGAGCCAAGGAGGGUUCCUGUGGCGCCAGCACCAGUUCAGCCCAAGAAGGUCAUCAUGACAAGCGAAGGGGUACUAGUCGACGACAACAUCUACACGGCGAAGGAGAUCAUGAACUACUACCUCACAGCCUGCAACAGUCGCGAAGAGUUUCCCAUUGAGCGCCUCAUUAACGACAUGCAGAUUGCCUCAGGCCGUACAUCGAACCCACUGCUGACGACAAUUGACCUGACAGGUAUGGAUGUCAAAAGCCUGCCAGCUCUGCACCGUAAAAAAAUCAACGGCGAACCUUUGCCUCGGAGAGCUCUGGACCCUAUCUCGGAUGUGCUCACGCUCGAGUUCGGACUGAAACAUCUCAUUUUGGACAAUUGCGCCCUGGAAGACGAUACUCUGAAAAUGCUGCUGUACAGUUUGCUGCUCACCGACACAUUGACCCUGCUCAGUCUCCAGGAUAAUAAACGGAUAAAGUCACUGGGAUUCAAAUACGUUUCCGUGUUUGUAAAGAAGACUAAAGCACUCAAGAGCCUCAACAUUUCCGGUAUUCCUAUGGACAAGAAAUCUAUUGAGUUCCUGGCACAUGCACUCAAGAUUGGACGACUUGGAUUUGGAUCGAGGCUCGAAGAGUUGCGCAUGGAUCGUUGUGGACUGCGCGGAAACCUCUUGGAGACGAUUGCACCCGCGAUCAGAGAGUCCAACCUGCGACAGGUAUCGAUGCGCUCAAACAGAAUCGGUGCUACAGGAGGCGUCUGGAUCGGAGUGAUGAUGCGUGAUUAUGACGACCAACCCAACAAAGUCAUCCCAAUCAAUAAUGAAGAGCAAGGAUUCAAACGAGUUUUCCCAGGCAUCGUGAACCCAGAGUUGCUGAAGCGCACUCGCGGUAUCGAAACUCUAGAUGUAUCCGACAACGACCUUCGACAAGGAGCAGAUUACGUGGCUCAGACAUUGCGCAGAAAUAUGUCACUCAAGUGUCUCAUCCUCGCCAACAACAACCUGGAUCCUGCACGCCUUGUCGUCCUCGCCGAUGCACUUAAACUCAACAUUGGAUUAGAGGCACUGGAUCUCAGCGACAAUCGUGUCUGUGGGCCUGUCAUUACUGGCAUGAAUGCAUUGACGCAAAAGUUGGUCUACAACAAGACUCUGACCAAACUGUCACUGUCCAACACUGGCAUCCAAUCCGAAGGCGCUAUUGCUUUGGCAGAGUUCCUUCCCGAGACCCGCACCCUAGUUCAGCUGGAUCUGACAGGAAACGACCUCGUCGAUAUUGCUGGUGUUAUGGCGCUCUCUGUCAGUAUUCGCAUGAACAAGAGCAUUACCUGCUUGGACAUGAACGUUCCUCCAAAUGAUGCCGAGUUUGCUCGCCUUUCUCGCGAUAUUUUGAGAGCCUGCAUUCGCAACAUGGAGGCGAAGACUGGAUCGAACGAGGGAAUGCCCUCACCCGACGACAUGCCCACCAACACUAUCUUCCGACACCCCUCAGCUGCCAUUAUACCCGAGCCUGUGGCUCCCUCUGUCGAAGAUAGUCGCUGGUCACUUCUGGAGGUGGUUGCUGGCGAGCUCUACCGGACAAGAGAGACCCUGACAGCAUUAGAGAGAGCUUUGAACCGUGAGAAGGCCAUGCGCCGCGACUGGUAUGAGCAUCUCUAUGGCAGAGUCGCACAUGAAUCUAGAAACUAUCAAAAUGGGCAUACUGGGGAGUACAACGAAGAUAGUCAGACACCCUCCACGCCAACGACUCCCCUUGUCCACACUCCUGAGGACAAGAAGAUGCUUGAUAUUCUGAAGGGAGUUCUCUACCGUGCACCGCCACCAAUCGAGCAAUUAUACCACCAGUGCAAGCGCCACCAAGCGAACAUUAUGAAUCUUUUGACGAGGGUUGACAACGAGAGGGCCAUGUUGGAGCUGGAAUCAUUGGGCAACACCAUCAACUCAUUCCUCCAAGCUUACCGAGCCCUGUUUGCACUUCCAGAGAUGCCUCUCAACAUGAUGGUUGGCAAGAGAACCAACUCCCUUCCACCUGCCACCCCCACAGAGCAGUCAUCUCCUGAGGCUGACAGCUCCUCAGCAGUGCCCCAAGGCCAGCAGGAGCAGGAGCAAGGGCACGAUGAUGCUCAGGUUGUCCCUGAUGUUUCGACUGAGGAGGUAGCGGAUGACAUGGAGUCGUCGUUCUUGCUUGAGGAUGACGAUGACAUGGAUGACGAAGUGUUUACCAACGACGCCCUGAAUGAUGUCCGACGGAGUUCCCUCUUGGCAUCUGAGCGCCGGUCGCCCACGUUGACCUCGACUGCCACCAUGGCCGCCGAUGAGUCUGCACCAGAGACCUCUGACAACACGUACCGAGGACGAGGCCUGAAACCUACGCCCGUCAACACUCUUGACACAGAUGGAGUUGAGGGAGAGCGCUCGCCUUCAGCUUUGGCCAGUCCCUUGGAGAAGCUCCGCAAAGCCGCCGAAGUAGAAGAAGGAGAAGUUUUGCGUCGAGGAAAGGAUCUUCUCGAGAACGCCCUUGUAGAAGAUGUCCCUGUCGAGAUGUCAGGAGAAGAGCUCAAAAUUCAGGUAUGA